CCAAAGGAUAUAAUGCUGGUUUAGGUAUGCAUAGAUAUAUACCGCCACGGUGCAACGGCCAACCGUCAACGGCGCCAGCGAUUGGUCUUUCAUCGCAGAGAAAGAUGACACAGCGAAAUCUCAGGAAACUAGGGUUUCUUUUUUUGGCUCUUGAAGUUAGGGUUUGUGACGCUUACUGCUUAUAUGAACAACAAUGAUCUACGACGUGAACUCCCCUCUCUUCAGAUCAUUCCUUAGCCAGAAAGGCGGGGCAGCUGAUAAGAGGAAAACUGAAGAGCAAAAGCCGAAGGAGCAGAUGCCAAAAGCCAAUGAGAAUAAGCCUGUAAUGACUGAGUGACAGAAUUAGUUGCACACAUGAUGUAGAAUAGACCUAUAUCCAGUUCCAGGUUUGUACCUUGCGGAAAACUAUAUGUAGGAGGUAGAGACUAUUUGCAAUUCAAGGAGGGGGGAGGGUUUACUGUGUUUUAAUUCCUGUUACUUUCUCUCAACAUCCGGUAUAUGAUUGAAUGAGAUGAGAUCAUUUUGAUCCUUGAAUGAGA